CCGCGCCCAUGUCGGGCUUCGACACCAACCCGUUCGCCGACCCGGUGGACAUCAACCCCUUCCAGGAUCCCUCGGUGACACAGCUCACAAAUGCUAGCCAAAGUGGCUUGGAUGAAUUCAACCCCUUUUCUGAGAGCUCCCAGCUGACGAAUGCAGCACGGACGACACCAGCCACACAGCCCUCUGGCCACUCGCAGCCUGCUGUUCUGCAGACAUCUGUGGAGCCCACUCCCCAGGCUGUGGCUGCGGCAGCACAGGCUGGGCUGCUUCAGCAGCAGGCAGAAUUAGAGAGGAAGGCAGCUGAGUUGGAGAAGAAGGAAAGGGAAUUGCAGAGUAACGCAGCCAGCAUUAAUCCGAGGCAAAACAACUGGCCACCCCUUCCCAAGAAGUGUCCGAUCAAGCCGUGUUUUUAUCAGGAUUUUUCUGCAGACAUCCCAGCUGACUACCAGCGGAUAUGCAAGAUGCUGUAUUACUUGUGGAUGUUGCAUUCGAUUACCCUGCUCCUAAACCUGCUUGCUUGCCUGGCAUGGUUCACAGUCCAGACGGACAGAGGAGUAGACUUUGGUCUCUCGAUCCUGUGGUUUAUUUUAUUCACCCCUUGUGCCUUUCUCUGUUGGUACCGACCAAUUUACAAGGCUUUCAGGUCUGACAGCUCCUUCAGCUUCUUCAUCUUCUUUUUCGUCUUCUUCUGCCAAAUAGCAAUCUACAUCAUCCAGGCUGUCGGCAUUCCUGGCUGGGGAGACAGCGGAUGGAUUGCAGCGCUGUCUGAGCUGCACGGAAACCUGGCCGUGGCUGUUAUCAUGAUGGUGGUGGCAGGAUUCUUCACACUCUGCGCAGUUCUCUCGCUCUUCCUCUUGAAGCAGGUGCAUUCCCUGUAUCGGCGCACGGGAGCCAGUUUCCAAAGGGCCCAGGAGGAGUUUUCCCAAGGCAUCCUCACCAACAGGAGCUUCCAGAACGCAGCCGCUGGGGCGGCCUCCUCAGCUGCACAGAGUGCUUUCCGGGGAAACUAGCCCUUCCCGCGGCUGCCUCCCCCUCGCUUCCUCUGCCAUCGUCACCCCAACCUCUUUUUUUU